AUGUCAUCGAUCCUGUUUGUGAAAGCAUUAUAUGACUUUAACUCUACAGAUAGCUCGAGCCUUUCCUUUAAAAAAAAUGAUAUAAUACAAGUUCUUACGCAGCUAGAAUCUGGUUGGUGGGACGGUCUAUGCAACGGUGAACGUGGAUGGUUUCCUAGCAAUUAUGUUACUAAUUUAGAUGACGAGGAUGAUAUAUCGGAUGACGAUAAGUUAGCCGAUUGGAUUCCUCAACAAACUCCGGAUGGUGUCAUAUUUUAUUAUAACACCCGAACGGGUGAAUCAUCCUGGGAAUUACCCAUAGAAGAUAACGAUAAGCAAAUGGACGAUAAUUCUACAGCACGUGAUUCCAGUAAUUAUACUGGAACUGGUGUCUCUUCACAUUCUAGCACUGUUAGUUCUUUUCUAAAACAGAGACCGUUACCGGAAAAUUGGAUACAACAACCUACUGAAGAUGGUAAUACAUAUUAUUACCUCAAUACGGUAACUCAAGAGAUUAGAUGGACUUACCCUGAAAGGGAAGUUAUCGAUGAAGAUGCCGAUAGGGAAAGUAUCACUAGUUCAAAGGAUAGUAGAUUAAGUACUGGCACUACUGGUACCAUUCAACCAAUACAACAAGAACCUACCAAUGAAAAGCUUCCACCUGGUUGGGAUAAGAAAACUACACCUCAAGGAAAAGUUUAUUAUUAUAAUGAAACGACCGAAGAGACUACUUGGAGUCUUGAUAAUAUUGGUGAAGAUGGUCUUCUGAUUAAAACUAAUGAUGAAAAGACUACCCAAGAGACUACUUGGAGUAUUGAGAAUAUAAAUGGAGAUGGUCUUCUGUCUAAAACUGAUGACGAUACUGUGCCUUCUGGUGCCGGUAAUAAUGAACCAUGCACUUGGGACUCGUUAUCUGCCACUGUUUAUUCAGCGAUUAAUAAUUUAACUGUGGCGGCGCGAGAAAAUUUGAAACAAGAAUAUCAAAUUUGUACGAACGCUAUUGUUGAAAGUAUUCGUAUCAUGCUUUACGCUUCUGGUACCGUCGAGAAAGAGUCCCCGAUUAUUCGUCAAAACAGGACUUUAAAAACUUAUCACAGACAUAUAAUGGCUUCUCUCUCAAAAUUGGUCCUUUCUACAAAAGUUGCUUCUAGUGUUUGGCCUCCACCUGAUGCUGCUCAAAAAAUGAAGAACGACGCUGAUGAAGUUUUGGUCUCUGUUCGUCAAUUCGUUCAAGCUGCUGAACAUACUGUGGAUAUUAAACCUAUUGAUCCUAAAAUUACUGAGAGUGCUACUGGUGGUUCUUGGCGUGGUAAUAAUCUGGCUACGUUUGGUCCUAAUGGUAAAAGGAUCCCAGCUCCUUCUAUAUCAUCAAGCAUUAGCUCUCAGGAUAGUACUGAUUCAUCCGGCCCUUCUCGUUCCUUGACUCCAGACAUUUUGGCCUCAUUAGAACAUUCUUCUCGUACCAUUUCAAAAGCUAUUAUGUUAAUAAAUAAUCUUAUUAGAAAGCAUACUGAAAUACCUCAAUCUUCUGUACCUGGUAAUAAUGCUGGGUUUGCGCCACAACUUGUGACUCAGACACGCCAGGUUGUUACACAUGUUGGUCAAUUUUUAUCUACGGUUGAAGAUAUUAAUUUAGAGGAUUUAGAUGAAACUAGUCAAGAUUCUAUAAAGGAAUUUAAAAUUGCAAAACAAGCUCUAUAUAAUAAUAUUGCUGGUUUGGUUAUUUGUGCACAAAACGCAACCGAUCCGUCUCUCAAAUCUAGUAUAAUGGACCAUGUUCAAAUUUCUGCUAAUGUAGUUGAAAAGGCCGUAAAAGAUGUAAUCAUUGCUGCAAAGUUCCUUAUGGAAGAAAAGGAUACGCAAGAUCAAUUGAGAAUUCAAAUGCGUACUCCUCGACAUUCAAAUUCUUCCGAAAUAUCGCCGACUAAUUUGCGUACGAACUCGAUUGAAUAUGACGCGAAUGAUGUCAUUGAAGAUGCAGAAAUUAUUGAUAAUCAAAAUGUCAAGCCUAUUAGUUCUCCUCCAGCAACGAUUCAAACCGGUUUACAAACUGUACCUGAAGAUGAUGUUAUGACUACUGACUCACCCACUGUCAUAACUGAUUCAAAUACAAUAGAUGACUCUGAUAAAGUGCCAACGUCCCCAAUUUCUGAUGGUUCUUCUAUGACUGGUGGUCGUUCAUUUAUGAGCGGUUCAAGUAGUCAACUUCGUGAAGAUUCAUCAUCAAUUCAAUCUUAUGGUUCAUCUCAACGUACAAAUUCUCAACCUAUUGUUCAGACUGAUUAUCAAAGAUCAUCAUCUCCUCCAUUAUCUAAUAAUCCAGGUGGUACUAGAUCACCACGUAGUGAGAGUAGUAAAGUCGCAAAAUUCUUUGGUGAAGAUGUUCAGUCUAUAAAUCAAACGCGUGUAACACGUGAAGAUAAACCUUGGUUCCUUAAAUAUGAUUACGAAGAAGCUGAAAUAAUUUUCAAUAUGGAAAAGCAUGUUAAGGGUGGUACUCUAAAUGCUUUAGUAGAAAGAUUAACGAUGCACGAUUUACUUGAUUCAAGUUUUAUAGCGACUUUCUUGUUGACAUAUCGUUCAUUCUGUACUACUGAACAAUUCUUUGAUAUGUUGACAAAACGUUUCAUGAUUCAGUCUCCUGAUAAUUUAGCACCUGAGCAAUUAGAAAUGUGGCAAGAGAAGAAACAAACACCUGUGAGAUUAAGAGUUUUUAAUAUUAUGAAGAGUUGGUUGGAGAAUUAUUAUAUUGAUGAUAAAGAUUCUUAUUGUUUGGAACGUAUACGCGAAUUCGCGCAAACUACAAUGCAUGAACACAUGGCUUUUGCGGCAGUGAGUUUGAUAAAAGUCAUUGAUAAAAGGUUACAACAACGAAAAGACGCUGUCUUUAAAGAGAUGAUUCCUAAUAACACAAUGUUACCUCCACCUUCAAUCAAACCAAAAAAUCUGAAAAAAAUUAAAUUUUUGGAUUUGGACCCAUUAGAAAUUGCAAGACAAUUAACUAUAAUAGAGGCUAAGCUUUACAAUAAAAUUAGACCAGUUGAAUGUUUGAACAAGGCAUGGAGCAAAGAAACUAAAGAAGGUGAAGAUGGUGGUGAUGGCGAAGAAGUAGCCGUAAAUAUCAAAGCCAUGAUUAUCACUGGAUGGGUAGCUGAAUCCAUUCUUAAUCAGAAAGAAAUUAAAAAGCGAUGCGCUUUAAUUAAACAUUUUGUUGCAGUAGCUGAUAAAUGUAGACAAUUAAAUAAUUUUAAUUCUUUAACGGCAAUUAUCUCCGGUCUUAAUUCCGCACCAAUUCAUCGUCUUAAGCGAACAUGGGAGAUGGUAAACGCACGAACAAUACAAACGCUCGAUAACCUUAAUAGAAUCAUGAACUCUACAAAGAAUUUCUUUGAUUAUAGAGAAAUGUUACAUAGCGUAAAUCCACCUUGCGUACCAUUUCUGGACGGUAAUCCGGAUAUUCUUAAAAAAAAUCAACAAUUAAUUAAUUUUUCAAAACGAAUGAAAACUGCUGAUGUGAUACGUGAAAUUCAGCAGUAUCAAUCUGUACCAUAUAAUCUUACACCUGUACAAGAAAUUCAAAUUUUCAUUCAGAGUCAUUUGCAAGAUAGUAGAGAUGUUAGCGAUUUAUAUAGUACAAGUUUGGAUAUGGAGCCAAGGGAACGAGAGGAUGAAAAAAUUGCAAGAUUAUUACAAGAAAGCGGUUUCCUAUAA